AUGGAGGGCUUCUCCUCUUCCUCUUCCACCGUUCUCCGCACUUCUCGUCACAAAUCCUCACCUUUCAUCCGAGAUAUCCCAAUCGACAACAAAGUCUCCAACUCACUCAAACCUCUCACAAACCCCACGAAAUCCAACCAACCCUUCCAGAACCAAAAACAACCCCAAAAGAUGAGCGACCACAACCCCCCGCUCCCACCGGAGGGGACCGACCACCAGCAGCAGCAGCAACCCCAACAAUUCCCGCCCAACCGGCUCAGCCCACCGCGCCUGCUGCGCCUGCCGGGCGGCACGACCCCGAAACAAUACCUGGAGCACUUCUUCAAGCCCCUGCGGGUGGACGAGAGCCUCAUCCGCAACCCGAACCCGUUCACGCUGUACCUGGGCCUGUGGGGGCGGGCCAACUACGUCGCGAAGACGGAGAUGGCGACCUACCGGCGUCUCGAGAACAUCCGGCGGCACACGGGGCGGGCGCCGACGCAGCCGGAGCUGGACGCGCUGCUGGAGAUGAUGGCGCAGAGCGCGCGGCGCAGCAGCCUGGGGGUGCCCGUGGGCGCGCUCGCCGGGCUGGCGCACCAGGCCUACGCCCUGCGCUACUCGGCCGACUGGGACGCCUACUUCGCCCCGCAGGCCACGACCACCCCCGCCGGGAAGCGCGUCCUGACCUGGGCCGGGUUCCGGCGCGGCUGGCAGCUGAUGGGCGACGCCGGCGUCAUGGGCGGCGGCCGCCCCAUGGCCGCCGCCCGCCUCUUCAAGGUCGCCGUCUGGACCCUCGUCGCCGAUUUCUGCGCUUCCUCCUGGGCCACCCUCGGCGAGGUCGCUAUGUGGCGCGAUGAUCCCCGCUUCGAGGCCGUCCGCCGCGAUAUGGAGCGCUCGCGCCCCGCUGGGCCCGCUGCCGAUGUGUCCGACCAGGCCCGCAGGCGCCGCGAGGCCGCUGCCGCUUUUGCUACGGUUGCUGUCGGCCAGGGGGGCGAGCCGGGAGGUGCUGCGGGUUAUGGUGCUGGUGAUGAUGGGUCGCCCGUGGCCCACGGGAUGGAUGAUUAUGGGUUUAGUAGCGGUGGUGGUGGUGGUGGUGAUGAGCACGGUUCGACGACGAACUCGUAUAGUGAGGGUACGCCUCGCUCUACGAGUUGGACUUCGAGGCGGCAGCACCAGCACCAGCAGACGCCCUCCUCCUCCGGGGGUGGCGACUUCUUCGACGACGACGACGAUGCCAGUCCUGUCGCGGCGGAGCAUCGCAGACCCACGGGCGGAAGUGCGUGGGACCGGCUGCGGAUGAACGCCGUGCGACCGCAGUCCAGGCCGCAGCAGGCGGACUGGUCGCGGGCCGAGCAUGAGAGCGAGAGCGAGAGCCACAGUGAGCGCGAGAGGGCCCAGGCGGACUUCGACCGCAUGCUCGAGGCUGAACGGCACGCGGGGUCGGAUUCGGGGAGGAGAAGUGGCGGAUGGAGCAGAUGGUAGUGCGAGAGGCCUGUGCUCCGAGAUCAUGAUUGUCUUCAAGCGCUUUUUAUUCUUACGAGUUCUGGCUACCGUCCCAGGUACAUGUGUCACUAAGUUUUCUUCUGUAUGUAUACGACCGGAUCAUUGCAUCUCUUCUCAAGAUGUCCCAC